AUGUCACUGAAGAAAUUGAUCGACGUGUCCACACUCUCUCAGCUAUUGAAAAAGAACAUCAUCAAUAAAGAAGGUGUUCGUCUUCUGGACUGCUCAUUUGUCGUUGGUGACAAGCCCGACUGGAAGAUGUUCAAGAAAGAGUUGUACGGCAACUUCAAGGAGAUCCUCUCUCGGCCGAGCAUGUCAAAGGAUCUCUACCUUUCCGCACACAUUCCCGAAGCGGUUCAUGCAUCAAUGGAUGCGGCUAUGUAUCCUUCGCAGUACGAAAGAUUUGCUCUAUAUCCACCUGAGAUUUUCGAAAAGUUUAUUCAGUCUUAUGGUCACGAGAAGUCAUCAGUUCUUGAUGGGCGCUUCGCUUUGUGGAGAAGAAAGGACUUGAAAUUAGUACUGAAGACGUACAGCUUCCGGCUGAACGUGGAAGGCCAAAGAUAA